AUGAAAUUGAAAGGAAUUAUCGAAGAUCUCGAAUAUGACAUCAACAGAGCUGAUCAACUCGUCAGUAAGAAAAAGAUCGUAUCGAAGGGUCUCACCUUCAAUAAUUUCAACAAUAAGGACGACGUUAAUACAAUCCUCAAACGUAUGGAGGAACACUUGAAGAACAUUGCGGAGAACACGAAAUCCGAUGAAAACGCUACUCCAGCAUGGUCAUCAAGACCCAACAAGGACUCCGGCUGCUACCGAAAAAAAAGAUAG